CAAAAAACAACUAAAUCAAAAGAGAAUCAAAUCAAAAAAUAAAAACAAUAACUUAAAGUUAACAAAUUACUAACUUGUAAAAGCGCAGCGCCUACGCCUAAGCGGCUCAUCAACCAAAUGGCGCUGCUGCUGCCAAUGCCUAGCAAUGGUUUUGGCUUAAACUGUUACUGGUAUUCCCAGCUUACCUAAAACGAAAACAACAAAAAAAAAAAGAAGCAAACACUGUGUGCGAGAGAGAGUGAGAGAGCGCGCGCGCCCGCCCGCCCUCCAACCGCAAGGGAGGCGCGAGUGCAAGCGAGCGAGAGCUUAAGUCUCUUGCUCUGGGGCAGCGCAUAGGCAAUGGGUCCGAAGAAGCGUUCCAGCGUCGCUGAGCGCCAGCAGCGUGCCACAAAUGCUGCUGCCACAGCGUCGACGGCAACUGCAGCGACGUCGACGGCCAAGAAGCGCUGCAUGGGCAAGCAGCAGAAGCUAAUGGACGAACCGGACGACAAAAAGUGUAGCAAAGCCGAGGCAACAACAGCAGCAACAACGGCAGCAGCAAAGCGACAGCAGGCAACGGCCAGCAGUGCAAUAACAGCAACAGCAACAGCAACAACAGCAGCAGCAACAGCAGCAGCAACAACAACGACGACGACGACGACAGCCGCUGACAAAGCUGGCAGCUCGACUGCGCUGAAACUGUCCGCGGAGGAGCGCCAGGAGGAUGGCAAGGCGCGAGCUAUAAACAAGAUGCUGAAGAGUCUGGACAUCAAGAUCCAUGGCUUUGACAAUCUGCUGCCCAGCGGCGAGGAGCGGCUGAGCGAGGGCCUCAAGUCUUCCAUAUCGGAGAAUGUUAAGACGAAAUCGCGUGCGGCGGCGGUCAAGGUGAUAGCCAGCCUGAAUCCUGGCAAGCCGUUCAAUGUCAAGCGCCAGCGUGUGGACAACGAGUCGAAUCGUGAACGUGAGAAGGAGAAGGAACGCGAAAAGGAGCGGGAGAAGGAAAGGGAAAAGGAACGGGAGAAGGACAAGGAAAAGUCUAAGGAACCGGAGGCAGUAUUAAGCGAGCCAAAGGAUGCUCAUUGCGAUAGCAAAGAAUCUCCAGGCGCCAAGGGCGCCAAACAGUCCGCCAAAAAGGCCAAGCUAGAGCCGCCGUCGCCCAGCGCAACGAGCAAAGCGACAAAGGCGGCGCCCAAGAAGCAGCAGGCGCCAACGACACAGGCCGUCGAGUCGCCAGCGGCUAAGAAAGACAAGGCACGCGCCGCGGCAGCAGUUGCCAAGGGAGCUAAGAAGGUGCAAGCAACAACAACAACAACAAUAGCUGCAGCAGCAGCAGCAACAGCAGCCGAAGCGGAGCCCAGCAAGACGAAGUCACGCGCUCAGCUCGAUUCGAACACGGAGCUGGUGCACAUGGAGCUGGAGGAGAUAAACAGCAUACAGUUGCCUCUAGCGGCAGCCACGCCCACGCCGACGCCAACACUAACGCCGACGGCAACGCCCACGCCCACGCCAACGCCAACGCCCACAGGCACGCCCAUCGAGUCAACGCCGACGGGCAGCGGCAUAAUAGCCGCCAGCGCCGCAGCCACAGCCGCGGCGCCCGCCAAACAGCGACCCAAAAUCAAGUACAGUAAAACGUCGGCGGGCAAGGCGCGACUGCAGCAGGCCUGCAGCAAAACGGCGCUGAGCAGCCUGAAUGCCGCCAAGGACAUUUACGACUUCAAGUCCGGAUCGGAGGAUGAGGAGCCCAUCAAAAUGAUGCUGCCCACUUUGAAGGAGCUGCGCGACUUCUCCGACGAGGACAACAAGCCGCUGAAGCAGCUCGAGCAGAAGCUGCUGGCCAAGGACAGCGAUGAGCCGACAGCGGCCGUUGCCGCUGCGGAGCAGCCGCCUGAGCCGCAGCCCAGCGCUGUCAAAGGCGGCACUAAGAAGCAGAUUAAACGCAAGCUAAAUACGCCCACGCCAGCAGCAGCGGCAGCAGCAGCAGCAACAACAUCAGCAGCAGCAGCAGCAGCAGCAACAGUUGCUGCUGGCAAGAAGAAGACAACGGGAGGAAAAGCAAAGCAGCCAACGCCGCCGGCAGCUGCUAGCGAUAGUUCGCGUUCGGAGAGCAGCGACUCGGAGGACGAGAAGAAGCUGAGCAGCUAUGGGGCCAAGCGACAUCGCAUGGCCUCGCUGAACGCGCUGGCCAAGGUGCAGUGCCUCUAUGAGAACGAAUCGCGCACCGCCCAUGAGCUGGGCCUCUCGAAGGCGACGCAACAGCCGCCGCGCAUACGCACGCUCGAUGGCAGCGACGACGACAACAACAGGGGCGAUCUGCCGCCGGACAAGGAGAGGGACAGGGACAGGGACAGGGACAGGGAUCGCGAUCGUGACAAAGACAAGGAUAAGGGCAAGGACAAGGAUAAGGCCGAUGCCAGCGCGGCGAUCGUGGAGCCGCGUCGAGAGCUGCGCAACGUGACCGGCGGACGUGGCGUGGGCAAGCAUUGGGAGUUCGACAGCGACAGCGAGCCGGAGGAGCUGCAGCUGCAGCGUUUCCAGCAGCAGAAGAAGAAGAAGCUGCAGAAGAAAACGCCCGCCAAGAAGCAUGUCGACAGUGACUCCAAGAAGAAGCACAACAAGAAGAUUCAGCCGGAGGACAGCGACGAUGCCGAGACGCCGCAGCAAGCAGACGACAACGACAAGGACAAGGACAAAGACAAGGAGAAGGAGAAAGAGGCCAAGUCCAAGGACAAGGACAAAGACAAAUCAAAGCCGCCACCCAAGCAGCUGCCCAAGAAGCGCAAAAGCGCCUUCACCGAGGAGCUGAUUGGCGACUACAAAGGGAUAUUGGCGCGCAAGCGCAUGGCCAGCCUGAAUGCCAGCGCCAUUGUGGCGGCCACCUAUGAGGUGGAGCGGCAUCUGGACAAGAAUUUGGCCAGCGAUUGCAGCAGCUUCGAGAGCUACGAUGAGCUGGAGAUUAUAAGGCCAACGGUUACGAAGGCAUCGGCGGCUUCGUCUAGCAAGCCGCACGCAUCCAAAGCUCAGGCGCACGCGGAGCUGCACAUCAAGAAGGAGCCGAAGGAGGCGCGCGAGUCCAAGGAGGCCAAAGAGCUGAAGGAGCUGAAGGAUGCGGCGCUAAGCAACAAGCCGCAGAGCAACAUGAUCGAGGAGAGCAACGACUCCAAGUACUCCAAGGAGACCAAGGAGACCAAUACGGAUACCACCAUCACGACAACCGGCUAUCGCGGCGAUUCGAGCAGCGCCAAAGACGCCAAGGACUGCAGCCGCCCGACCUCAUCCAGCGUGGUGAUCGUCCAGGAUACGGACGUCACCAUCACCGGCGUCUACGUGAACGCCAGCAACGGUGCCGCCCAGGAGGCCUACUGCAAAAUGCAAUAUCGUGUUCAGUCCAGCGUCACCGAGGAGCGGCUGCUGCGACCCGGCUCCGUCGAGCCACCCAAAUCCUAUACGCCGCUCAGCGCUCUGUCGAGCAUGCUGCCACCGGGCGCCAGUUCCGGACUCAGCGAGGCUCACAGCUCUCCGCCGUUGCCUGUGCAGGCGCCGGCACCGCAUGUCCUGCUGCCCGGUGAGCCGCUUAGCGCGGGCAUGUAUCAUGCUCCGGAUCUGGGGCUGCAUACGGAGCAUAUGCCGCCGGAUCAUCAUGGACCGCCGCCGCCGUCGUAUGCCGCAGCUGCGGCUGCUGCGGCCGCUGCCGCUGCCGCCUACCACGCCCACCAGCUGGCGCCCGCGGGCAGCGGCGUGCUGCACAUGCACCAUCAGCAUCAGUAUGCGGCCGCCCAUGCCGCGCAUGCGGCGCACGCCCAUCACUACCAGCAGGCGGCCGAGUACCAUGGCGGGCCGCCACCGCCGCCGCCGCAUCACUAUGGCGGGCCACCGCCGCAGAGUCAUUACGGUCCGUUGCCGCCGCCGCCGCAGGUUGGUCCGCCGGCCGUGCCGCCUGAUCGCUGCGAUGUUGGCUCGCCGCCGCCCUCGUAUCGGGCCAGUGCAUAUCCCCCGCCGCCGCCCGCAGGAGUGCCACCGACGCUGGGCGGCGGCUCGAGCGCCUUCUGUGCGCCCAAUCCCCAUCAUCAUCAUCAACAGCAGCCGCCACCGCAUCACGAUCCCAGCGGUAAGUCUCAGCUUCAAAGCAACCAAUAUUCUCCCCACACAAAACUUUGUCCAUGGCUGCCAAAAAAAAAUCAUUUCAAAUUUGGUCCUUUGUUAUGCUCGCUAACAAGGAAAGG